GGUAAGAGUUUGCAGACCUGCAGCUUCUUUCUUUUUACUUUUUUUUUUCUUUUUUUUUAAAUAUUUUUUCUUCCUGUGCCUGCAGCCUGUGCAGAGACAUCCAGCCCCAGCCAUUGGAUUGGGCAGCCUGUCCUGACACACAGCACUGUGCUGAGUGCUGCGGGACGUGUUGCAACAGAUGGUUGGGGUUAGAGUGUGUCAUCACAUUGGAGUGGGGAUUAGGGCAGAAAGGCUGCAUUGCUGGAGCUGUGUGGUCUCCUGCGAGUGAUCUGCGAGGAAGAGGAGCAAAGGGGGACAACAAGGGUUCCUCUUGUCUGUUCAGGAAAACAUUCUACUCAUUUGGGGAUUUACUUGAGCCAAUGGUUAUACAAAAAUCAUGAUUUUGUUUUAAAGCGUUCACUUGUCAGUGGGCAACCAGCCACGGGAUUGCCUACAAAUAGCAGAAGCGACACUGGCCCCAUCUGUUUGCGGGGAAGACACCGGCAGACCGACAAUGAAGUAUUACUGUUUCACACUCGUUUUCUUAUUACUGGAUAUAGAACUGCCUGCAAGUUAUUGUUCAACUCUAAAAGCAGCCAGAUUCAGAGGACGUAUACCACCGGACAGGAAGAAUAUUAGGCCGAAUAUAAUUCUGGUUCUCACAGAUGAUCAGGAUGUGGAGCUAGGUUCGUUGCAGGUGAUGAACAAGACCAGGAAAAUUAUGGAGGAAGGAGGUGCUAAUUUUGUCAAUGCCUUUGUGACCACUCCUAUGUGUUGUCCGUCCCGCUCAUCGAUGCUAACUGGGAAAUAUGUCCACAACCACAACAUUUACACAAACAACGAAAACUGCUCCUCUCCGUCUUGGCAAGCCAUGCACGAACCACGCACCUUUGCAGUAUAUCUUAAUAAUACAGGAUACAGGACAGCAUUUUUUGGAAAAUACCUGAAUGAGUAUAAUGGAAGUUAUAUUCCCCCUGGAUGGAGAGAAUGGCUUGGGUUGAUCAAGAACUCCCGCUUCUAUAACUAUACUAUGUGCAGGAACGGAUACAAGGAAAAGCAUGGAUUUGAGUAUGAAAAGGAUUAUUUCACAGAUCUAAUUACCAAUGACAGCAUUAGUUACUUUAAACUAUCAAAGAAGUUGUACCCUCAUAGGCCAAUAAUGAUGGUCAUCAGCCACGCAGCUCCACAUGGUCCUGAGGAUUCUGCUCCACAGUUUUCUGAGCUCUUCCCAAAUGCUUCCCAACACAUAACUCCCAGCUAUAACUAUGCACCCAACAUGGACAAACAUUGGAUUAUGCAGUACACGGGAGCCAUGCUACCUAUACACAUGGAGUUCACAAAUGUGCUUCACAGGAAGAGGCUGCAGACACUCAUGUCUGUGGAUGACUCCAUGGAGAAGCUUUACAACAUGCUGGUUGAAACUGGAGAAUUAGACAACACGUAUGUUAUCUACACAGCUGACCACGGCUACCACAUAGGACAGUUUGGGCUGGUGAAAGGAAAGUCCAUGCCGUAUGACUUCGAUAUCCGGGUCCCCUUCUUUGUGCGUGGUCCAAAUGUGGAGCCAGGAUCAAUUGUGCCUCAGAUUGUGCUGAACUUGGAUAUUGCGCCAACUAUUCUGGAUAUUGCUGGGUUGGACACGCCUCCAGACAUGGAUGGGAAGUCAGUCCUUGCUUUGAUGGAUAUAGAGAGGCCAGGAAACAGAUUACGGACAAGUAAGAAACACAAGAUUUGGAGAGAUACGUUCCUUGUGGAAAGAGGAAAGUUUAUCAGAAAAAAAGAGGAACCAAGUAAAAGUACUCCGCAGUCCAACCACUUGCCAAAGUAUGAGCGUGUGAAGGAGCUGUGCCAACAGGCCCGAUACCAGACUGCGUGUGAGCAGCCAGGGCAGAAAUGGCAGUGUAUUGAAGAUGUGUCUGGAAAACUACGGAUUCAUAAGUGCAAACCAUCCACAGACAUUGUGUCACUGAAGAAGAGAACGCGAAGCAUAAACUCAAGGGGCUAUGGGAAUAAGCACAAAGACUGUAUCUGCCCCGAUACGGAUUAUAGACCAAUUAGGAAUCACAGGAAGAAACAGAGGAUUUUCUUGAGAACUCCUAACUCUAAAAAAUUAAACCCUCGUUUUGUUCACACCCGUCAAGCCCGCUCCCUGGCUGUUGAGUUUGAAGGGGAGAUUUAUGAUAUAAAUCUAGAAGAUGAGGAAAAUGUGCAGACCCCGCACACAAGAGUUAUCACCAAGAGACAUUAUACCUCUGAAGAGGAGCUAGGAGAGGAUAUGGAUGAAGACUACAACGAUAUGUUUUCUUCCCCGGAUGGAGAUGAAAUAAUGUUGGGUGAUGGAGUGAUUGGAAGCAGCCAUUCAGCAUCCCUCAGAGUCACACAUAAGUGUUAUAUUCUUUCCAAUGACACUGUGCAUUGUGAGAGGGAACUGUAUCAUUCAAGCAGAGCCUGGAAGGACCAUAAAGCUUACAUUGACAAAGAGAUUGAAGCGUUACAGGACAAGAUAAAGAAUUUAAGGGAAGUGAGGGGGCAUCUGAAAAGGAGGAAGCCAGAUGAAUGUGACUGCAGCAAAUCUGGGUUUUAUAAGAAGGAGAAAGGCGUGAGGGUUCAGGAUAAGAUAAAGAGUCACAUUCACCCAUUCAAAGAAGGUGCUCAAGAGGUGGACAACAAGUUGCAGAUCUUUAAAGAGAACCGUAGACGGAAAAAGGAAAGAAAGGAAAAGAAGAGGCAUAAGAAGGGAGAAGAGUGCAGCCUUCCUGGACUCACUUGUUUCACUCAUGAUAACAACCAUUGGCAGACGGCUCCCUUCUGGAACUUGGGGUCUUUCUGUGCCUGUACCAGCUCCAAUAACAACACAUACUGGUGCCUAAGAACCGUGAAUGAGACCCACAAUUUUCUUUUUUGUGAAUUUGCCACGGGCUUCUUGGAAUAUUUUGACAUGAACCUCGACCCAUAUCAGUUAUCGAAUGCUGUACAUACUGUAGACAGAGGAGUACUGAAUCAGCUUCAUUUACAACUGAUGGACUUGAGAAGCUGUCAGGGGCACCGUCAAUGCAACCCAAAGCCGAAAGGACUAGAAACAGAGGACAACUAUGGGACGGAUGGGAAGGUUAACCUGCCAAAUUUCACAGAGGAUGUAGACUUUAAAAGACUGGAAGAUUUGUACAGCGUAAAUGAAAGUUUUUAUGGCUACAGAGACAACUAUAGGCUUAGUCCGGAUGACUGGGCUAAUUACUUGAAGGAUGUAGAUAGAGUUUUUGCACUGCUGAACAGUAUCCCUAAAAAAGUUUCCAGAAAUACAAUUGCAGUUGCACCAACUUCUGAGUCUUCUGAUACUCCAGCUCUGAUGGGAAUAUCCUCUGGUGACUCCGAAGAUGAAUUUAGUGGUGUAGUUGCAGAAGAAAGGGAACCUAAAAUGGCAGCAAACUUUGGUGUCUUGAAUUUGAGCACAGUAAUAUUUAAUCACAAGAAAAAACUUGAAAGAAACAACGAUAUUCCUGAGGGAAAAAUAAUUAACCAGGCACACUGGAGCUACAGAGAUACAGAAAGACGGACUGACCGUGUCCCUUUAGAUACCUAUGAAAUGGACUUCAGUGGCAAUGGGUUCAUGGAAUUGGAGUCCAAGAAUACUUUAAAUAUUCAGACUAUUAGCUAUGUCUCUAAAGAAACUCAAAAACAUCAUAGUAGUCAUACAAGCGAAGAUAUUUUUGAAGAUCAGAUUUACCUUCCCAUAGACUCCGUGACUCAGCAGUUAAAAAAAAUCUCCAUUACAGAUCAGUCCUAUGACUCUGAAGACCAAGAAAGCACAAUAGUCAUAUCUACAGAGGAUUCUCCAGGCGAGACUAACACAGACUUUGAUGUAGAAGGCAGUGCCUCGCUCCUGAUCUCUUCUAAAUAAACCAAUAUACACGACAAUAAAAGAAAACAAACCCAUAACUGUGGCACUUGACAUUCCAGAUUUGGCGCAGUUACACCUUCUCGUUAGUUGAUCCGAGUUUAUGCUAAUGGUCUUUGCAUAUCAUUUACCAUAUAAUACUUGAUGAUUACAUUAACACAUCACAAAGUUUGGCAUGGUGUUAACACAUCGUUUUUUUUUUUGUUUUGUUUGUUUUUUACAUUUCCUUCUCUUCACUGUUUGGGCUCAUGCGCUUUUGUUUCUUUAAACACAGAUGAUUAUAUCCCCACUAUUUUUUGUUAUUUUAUUUUCUAACCACUGGAAUUUCUUAAGUAAACUAAUAUUGCACUUUUUAAAGCAUUUUAAGCGUGACCACCAUGUAUAUCCCUUUACUUUCCAUUCUAAAUCCUGCAGGUGUUGCGCACAGAUGUGCCUUAUCAAUUUGAAAUUACAUUUUGAGAUAUAUAUAUAUAUAUAUACACACACAUUGAUAAUUAAGAGAUAAAUGGUAACCAAUAUUAAUUAACUGUUUAUUAAUAUUGAGCUAAGUCAGGUAGUUAUUUUCAGUAGCAAAUGUGGCACAUAUUUAAAUAAAAUAAAAAACAUGCAGUAAUUAGGGCAGGCUAUAUUGUUGUACUUCAUUUACUGGCCUGAAUAAAUAUACACAUUUACCAAAUACCUCAAAAAAAUGUUUUAUUAACCCUUACAGGAGAAAAUCUUUUUUUUUCGGGUUUUUGUCAAACUGUGUUGUCAGUGCAGUUAGAUCUUCAUCACAAUCGUCCUGACGUGGUCUAUGUACAUAUGCUAAAGUUACUUGUUGUUGUGCACGUCAUGUAUGUGACGACAGUAUUUAUGGUCAUGAAGGCCAUUUUUUUUUUUUAUUGUAAAUAGAUUUCAGAUUAAUAGGAUUUGUUUUGUGUUUUUUUUAAUCAUGUAUAGUAUUCUGUUAUACUUUUAUAGAACAACUCUGACUUCAGGAAAGUCACGAAGCAACAUUUCUUCAAAUAAAAAAUGGGCUUUAAUUUUACAAAUUCAAAACUGUAUUAUAGUGGUUUUAUUGUGUUGUUUUUCAA